GAUUGUUAUUGGUAGAGGCGGAGCUUAUUGUGAAUAACCUAUACCACAGUUAUUCGCUAAAAUGUACUGGUUCUUUUCAAACGCGCAAAUUCGAUACUUUUAAAAAGGCUAAUAAAAGAAUAAGUGUAAUAAUGAGUUUUAAAGCAUAUAUGGCUGUCUUAAUAAGUGAAAUGUAUAAUGACGAAGAUGAUGAAGUAUCUCCAGUAGAAACUUAUAAGCACUUUUUUGCAAAACGUGGAAAAAAGAGAAAAAUUAUGACAUUAUUAAACACAAACGAAAGACAACAUCAUAAUCGCCCCGAAUUAUAUUCCGAAUUUUGGAUUGAUUUAUACACUGAAUAUGACUUUUUUCUUAUUUUUCGAAUGAAACAAUCAACAUUUCAAAAUUUACUACAAAUUAUAAUGCAACAACAAGAAAUGCAAAGAGCAUUUACUGGAGGAUUUGAAUCUGUGCUACCACAGAAGAUUCAACAAAUAGCUAUAUAUUAUUUAGCAAAUCAAAUAUCUAUGGCACAGAUUGGAGACAAAUUUAAUGUAGCAUCAUCGACUGUUUUCAAUUGUAUAAAGCGGGGAGCACAGACUCUUACAUAACGCAUAAUACAUGAGGCAUAAGAAAUUGAA